AAAAUCACUUAUGUCUAUCUGUUUUUUAUUUAUUUAUUAAAAGCACCCCAAUGUGUUCAUGUAUGUGAGCUAUAAUGCAAAAAAUAUCAUUACUAUAAGAUCAUCCCUUAAUCUAAAUUUUACAGUAAUACAGAAGCUUUGUAUUGCUACAUAGGUGCUAUAAAGCACUUAACGUGGUUCCACUAUAUGAUUACAAACGAUUUUUUUUUUUUUGAGUAGGCAUGGCUGCAAAAACCUUUUGGAACCUUAGGUAAAAAAUUGUAAAUGCCCCACUUUUUCUGAAAACCAUUUUAAUAUUUAAAAUGUAUCACACACCCGGUGCAAAGUGUUGGACAGAUUGCCUUUACUCUCGAAAAAAUUCUCCUCCAUCUCUCUCUCUCUCUCUCUCUCUCUCUCUCUCUCUCUCUCUCUCUCUCUCUCUCUCUCUCUCUCUCUCUCUCUUGUUACCAUGGCAAUGCUGCUGGAGGCAAUUAUCAUCCUCCAGGAAUUAAGAGAGGAUUUCACAUCUACCUCUCACAUUUUCAUCUGUCAAAUGCUAUCUCUUGUAGCUUGUGUCUGACCUGUUCCCACACAUCUUAACAGGUGAUGGAUGAAGGUGCUCUGUUACAGCAGGUGCAAUAAAACAAACAUUGGUCGCGUCUCAUUGCUCAAGCAGCUCCGCCAUCCUUUGUUGACAGUGAAGCAUCAUCCCCCUGAUUGGGUUUCAGACGCUCAUCACGUGGACUGACAGAGAUUUCGUGCACUAGCCGUUGCCCCACAUGCACCAAUGCUGAUGUCAGCCUACGCCCCCGAUUUUAUACCGCCCCCUUCGCUAUCAUCUUGUGCAUAGGAUGGAGAACGGGAAGGAGAAGUAUCCGCAUCCGGAAUUUAUUGCUUUCGGUCACAGGGAGUCCGUCUCCGCAUCCACCUCGAUGAACAAGAUGGAUGAAAUGGAAGAGGAAUUAAAAUGUCCGGUUUGCGGAUCGUUUUUCCGUGAGCCCAUCAUCCUGCCGUGCUCACAUAAUAUCUGCCUGGCCUGCGCUCGCAACAUCCUGGUGCAAACGCCCGACGCCGAGUCCCCACAGAGCAGCCGCGCGUCCGGCUCCGGCGUGUCCGAUUAUGAUUACUUGGACCUGGAUAAGAUGAGUCUGUACAGCGAGGCGGACAGCGGCUACGGCUCUUACGGCGGGUUCGUGAGCGCGCCGACCACCCCGUGCCAAAAGUCCCCCAACGGGGUACGCGUUUUCCCUCCCUCCGUGCCUCCGCCAGCGCACCAUCACCUGCUGCCGCACACCGGCGUCCUCCCGCCGGUCCCGCGCAAUUCGUGCCUCACCUGCCCGCAGUGCCACCGCAGCCUGACGCUUGACGACCGGGGACUCCGAGGCUUCCCGAAGAACCGCGUGCUGGAGGGGGUGGUGGACAGGUAUCAGCAGAGCAAAGCGGCCGCGCUCAAGUGUCAGCUGUGCGAGAAGAACCCACGCGAGGCGACGGUUAUGUGCGAGCAGUGCGAUGUGUUUUACUGCGACCCGUGCCGCCUCCGGUGCCACCCGCCCCGGGGUCCGCUUGCCAAGCACCGGCUCGUGCCACCGGCGCAGGGGAGGAUUAGCCGGCGCGCGAGCCCACGCAAGAUAUCCACCUGCACCGAGCACGAGCUGGAGAACCUGAGUAUGUACUGCGUCCAGUGUAAGACCCCAGUGUGUUACCAGUGUCUGGAGGACGGCAAACACUCCACUCAUGAAGUCAAAGCGCUGGGGGCCAUGUGGAAACUACAUAAGACGGUAGACGACUCCGGGCCAGAUCUGCACCCCAUCAGCACUGGAGCUGGUGACUUCGGCGCGAUCCAAAAUGAAAGCGUAGGUCUCCUGAUGGAUGGUUGUCAUGGCAAUGGUCAGCUUUCUCAAGCAUUGAAUGUUCUGUCUGAUCGGGCCACAGAGGCAAAAGAGUUCCUGGUGCAGCUCAGAAACAUGGUACAACAUAUACAGGAGAAUGGAGUUGAAUUCGAAGCGUGUUUGGUUGCUCAGUGUGACGCUCUGAUCGAAGCUCUCAAUCGCAGGAAAGCCCAGCUGCUCAGCAGAGUAACCAAAGAACACGAACACAAACUUUCAGUGGUUCGUGACCAGAUAUCCCACUGCACGGUGAAGUUAAGGCAGACCACUGGACUGAUGGAAUACUGUCUGGAGGUCAUCAAGGAGAAUGAUCCGAGUGGCUUCCUGCAGAUCUCAGAUGCUCUGAUAAGAAGGGUCCAUAUGACUGAGAAUCAGUGGGGUAAAGGUUCUUUGACCCCUCGCAUGAGCAGUGACUUUGACUUGACCCUGGACAGUGGACCUUUGCUACAGACCAUACAUCAGUUAGACUUCGUCCAAAUGAAGGUCCCAGCUGCUCCUAUUCUUCAGUUAGAAGAGUGUUGCACUCAAAGCAACAGUGCAACUUUAUCGUGGAAGCAGCCUCCCCUUUCCACCAUCGCUGUGGAUGGAUACAUUUUAGAGCUGGAUGAUGGGACUGGAGGCCAGUUCAGAGAAGUAUAUGUUGGCACAGAGACGAUCUGCACCGUGGACGGUCUGCACUUCCACAGCACUUACAAAUCUCGUGUUAAAGCAUUUAACUCCAGCGGAGUCGGCCAGUACAGCAAAACCCUUGUGAUGCAGACAUCGGAGAUGAGACUACCUUCAUAUUGUAGUCAAACUGUGGCUGCAGUUGCCUGGUUCACCUUUGACUCUGCAUCUGCCCACCCUGACAUCAUCUUGUCCAACGAUAACCUCACGGUGACGUGCAAUAGUUACGAUGACCGUGUCGUCAUGGGCAACACUGGGUUCUCCCGUGGUGUGCACUAUUGGGAGAUGACCAUCGAUCGCUAUGACAACCACCCUGACCCUGCGUUUGGAAUCGCCCGAGGCGAUGUCAUGAAGGACGUGAUGCUGGGGAAGGAUGAUAAAGCAUGGGCCAUGUAUGUGGACAACAACCGCUCUUGGUUCAUGCAUAACAACUCACACACCAACCGUACGGAUGGUGGAAUAGGCAAAGGAGCGACUGUGGGUGUGUUGCUGGAUUUCUCUCGUGGGAUUUUGUUGUUUUUGAUUAAUGAUGAGCAACAAGGACCCGUUGCCUUUAACACACUGGAGGGCAUGUACUACCCAGCCAUAAGCCUCAACCGCAACGUUCAGGUGACUCUUCAUUCUGGGCUGCCUAUUCCAGAUUUUUAUACACCGGGAGAGUCUGAUCCUGCAGGAUCAGUUUGCUAAAGAGUGCAAACACAAAGCUGAUACACAUUUAUAUAAGAACACACACACACACGCACAGACAGGCACACACACACAGAUACAGUGAGUGCUUGGUGGGGGAAUCGCUGCUGACAGUCAUUAAUAGGUCUGAGAAUUGUGAAAUGUAACUGGACCUGGUAUAUAUGUGAGGUUCAGGAUUAACCAAACCCUAAAUUAAGCUUAACUCUGAUCCUGAUGUGUGUGAGGUAAAUUAAUAUUAAAAUUCUUUCAUGUUUUUGUUACUCUUUUCUAGAUAUUAUUAUUAUUAUUAUUAUUAUUGAUGAUGUUGUUGUUGUUGUUUUUAUGAAAAAGGUGCUCAUGGAUGUGAACUCUGAGCUUACUGGAUCUUAACAGAUUUGUCUGUUGUUUUAUGAGAAAAUCUUCUGUGUGAAGUUAAGCUAAGAAAUAAGUUACUGGUGUGCUAAACCUUAAUUUUUACAUUACACAGAAUUUUAUUGCAAGGUGUCAUGGUGGUGUCUUGAACCAAUAGAAGUGCGGACAGAAUCUAUAUUUGAGUUUGUCUAAUGCUGCAAAUGCGUACUCCUAAAACCCUUUGAAUCUAAAUUCAAGCCCUAUCUCAAAACUUCUCCAAACACAAAUCCUACCUGUGCCAAAUCAUGGUUCAAACCGGUUGAAACACGUACCAAAACCCAACCCUUAUCAGACUCAUACGCCUUAUGGAUAGUUCACCUACACACUGAUCUAAACCUGCAUGAGUUUCUUUAUUCUGUUAAACACAAAAAAAGAUAUUUUGAUAAAUGAUGGUAAGCACACAGUUAGUUAACGUUACUCACUGACUUUCAAAGUAUUUGUUUUUCAUUUUUGGAUGAACUAUCCCUUUAAAACUGCAAACUGUAACUUUUGACUCUCUAUCGCCAUCUCUGUUUGAAACAGAGUUACUUUACUUAUCUUAAAGAGCACCUAUGUAAUUGCUAAAAACAAUGUUAUUUUGUGUAUUUGGUAUAAUGCAAUGUGUUUGCGUGGUUUA